GAUGUUUAUUCACCUCUAGAACAAACCCAGCUGCAUCAAAAUAAAUACACAACGCGCCUGUGUGGGUUGCGCUGCAUAAACGCAGAAGGCAAUCGUAAAUACAAAUCAAUAGCGGGAGCGGCAUCAAUAGCACCAUGAGUAUCGAUGACGUGAUCUACGUGAUUUGCCUGCUGGCCUGCAUCGGAGCCGGGAGCUAUGUGAGGAAGAUCGCAGACGAGGGCCAGCGCAAGCUGGUGUCCACGGCGCUGGGCGUGAUUGUGGUGGUGAUUGUGUCGGGGCUCCACAGCCUGCACUGCUUCGCUUCCCUGGCGUUAGGCACUGCCGCCGUGCUCCUCGUACACCCAAGCAAAGGCCACCUCGUCACCUUCGUGGUCAUGUUUGGCUACCUGGUGUUUUUCCGCAUGUUCGACUUCUACCUGGGCAUUCCCGGGCACACCAACAUGAUACAAAUGAUACUCACCCUGAAGGUUUCGGGUGUGGCCUUCGAGAAGACAGCCGCCUGGAAACGACUGCAGGCACGCGAAGAGCAGAAGAAGAACGACCAGCGGGAUGUGAACCAGGAGAGUCUCAUCGAGAUAACCGACUACGAUGAGGAACUGCAGACCCUGACUGCCGCCGAGAUUGUGCACUACAGCUUUAACUAUAUAGGAGUUCUAACAGGUCCCUAUUAUCGGUACCGCACGUACAGGGACUACUUUGAGAUGCCCUUUAAGACCCAUGCACCCAGCGUUGAAGCCACCCUGGAAAAGCUGAAAUAUGCGGUUUUCUAUUGCGCUCUUUAUCUGACAACCAACUACUUCUGGCCACUAGAUUAUGCACUGAGCGACGAGUUCUUCAACGAUCGCUCCUUUGUCUAUCGCCUGUUGUACGUGUGGCCCACGUUCUUCACAUUCCGUGCUCGCAUUUACACCGGACUGACCCUCAGCGAAUGUGUCUGCACAAUGGCUGGCUUCGGAGCCUAUCCAGAUGAGUCGGAUCCCAAUAACGGAGAGGGACCGCGGAAACGCUACCAGCACCUGAAACGCGAUGCAGACAAGCACCAUUACAACUUCACAACGAUUGUGAACACCAGAGUACUCGAGGUGGAGAGAUGCUGGACCUUCCGCGAGGGCAUGAAGCACUGGAACGUCUGCGUCCAGUAUUGGCUGGCUGUCAACGUCUACAAACUCUUCCCCAGCAAGAAGUACAGGGUUGGCAGAACUGGCGCUACUUUGCUGUGCUCUGCCUACUGGCACGGAUUCCGACCGGGACACUACUUCUGCAUCAUGGGCGCUCCCUUCUACGUUUCCCUGGAGGACAUGUGGGAUAAGCUGGUGCGCAAGAAUGAAUCUGGCACUAGGCGCAGGGUGAUCGAUGUUCUCUUCUGGAUCUUUAAGUGGUUCGCCUUCAGCUACUUGGGCGAGGCCUUCCUGCUCUCAUCGUUUGGCAACAUUUGGCGGUUCUAUAGCUCCGUUUACCACAUCGGAUACAUAAGCUGGGCAGCGAUGAUUGCGUUGGGAUUAUACCUGACCAGUCAGAGGAAGGCGGCCGAACGUAAAAAGAAUCGCGAGGUGGAGAAGGCAGCUGCCGGAGACAAACCCGAUGGCAAUGCCCAGAAGGAGAAGGCGCAGUAGUGGGCCAAUUCUGAGGCCAACAAUAUCCCUAACUGAUAGUUCAAUUCAUGGACGGCUUCCGAAAAGUUUUCCACUAGAUGCUUUAAAGUCUGUCGGAAGAAAUCGAAAAGUUCUUCUGCGCUAGUUUAAUUCUGUUGUUAAUCGGGAUGAUCAAACAAUAUUCUUUUCUUAGAGAUAUGUUCUCUAUAAAAAUCAGAAAUUUAAUUAUGUACAAAGUGGUAUAGUUACGCCUUCAAUCCGUUACCAUCCAUACUUCUUCUGGGAAAGGUGAUGAUAUUGAUAUUAUAAUAAAUAGGUUUAGUCAAGUAAAAAGUUACUAAAAAGAUAAUUAUAUAUUUUAACCAAAGUAAUUAAAAAUGGAAUCGAAAAAGUUUAAAACAUUGCACCCUACUAUGAUCACUCGCUUUUAAUUCAAAAAUAUAUAUGGCCUUAAAUGAAUUACACAAA